AUGCCGAGAAUGGUUUCGAUUUUCGGGUUGGACAUAAAUUUCGGGUGGGUCGAGUAUUGCAUAGGCCUAUCAGAAUUCAACAGUACAGUCGUCUCUUUUCAAAACAGAACAGUUGUCGUCGUCUUCCGUCCAUCCGUCGUCGCCGAAGGAGGAACGCCGUCACCGUCGCCGCGAAGCCCACCAUUCGCGGAGCACGCCGUCGCCGCGAGGAGGAACGCCGUCGCCGCGAGGUCCUCUGCAGCCGCGAAGGACGUCGCCGGGAACUCCUCCGCACCGCCGCACUGCCGGAUCGGAAAUCUAGUGAUUAGUUUGAUUCGAGGUUUGCUUAUCGACGUGGACAAAGCUUUGGUGAGGGGGGGGGAAACUAGUACAUCUAACACUUAUGUUGACAACGAAGCAAAUGAAGAUGAUGAGUCUGAAGAUUGGUUAGAUGAAAUGUUUCACGAUGUUGGAGAAGAGUUCACCGAUCGAUCAAAUGAGUUAGAUGAAUUAUUAAGUGAUUCAAAACAACCUUUAUGGCCAGGGUGUAGUAAAUAUACUCGGUUAUCUGCUGUUCUGAAAUUAUUCAAUUUAAAAGCUGGAAAUGGAUGGAGCGACAAGAGUUUUACAGCUUUACUUGGGUUAUUAAAAGAUAUGCUUCCAGAAGAUAAUGAACUUUCAAAGAAUACAUAUGAUGCCAAGAAAAUUCUGUGUCCCAUGGGUAUGGAGUAUGAAAAAAUACAUGCUUGUCCUAACGAUUGCAUAUUGUUUAGGAAUGAUUACAAAGAAUUGCAUGCAUGUCCAAUCUGUGGGGCAUCUCGGUACAAACCAAGAGAUGCAUGUCCAAUCUGUGGGGCAUCUCGGUACAAACCAAGAGAGCAUGUUGUUGGUAGUGGGGCAUCUCGGUACAAACCAAGAGAGCAUGUUGUUGGUAAGGCAGCAUCUCGGUACAAACCAAGAGAGCAUGUUGUUGGUAAGGCAAGUUUAAAAGGGCAACCAAGAGAGCAUGUUGUUGGUAAGGCAAGUUUAAAAGGGCCACCAAGAGAGCAUGUUGUUGGUAAGGCAAGUUUAAAAGGGCCACAAGCUAAAGUUUUGUGGUAUCUCCCAAUUCUUCCAAGAUUUAAGCGUAUGUUUUCAAAUCCAAGUGACGCGAAAAACUUAACAUGGCAUGUAGAUAAAAGAAUAUCUGAUGGAAAGCUUCGGCACCCUGCUGAUUCUCCUCAAUGGAAAACUUUUGAUAAUGCUUUUCCUGAAUUUGGCCAUGAGUCUAGAAAUCUUAGACUUGGACUUUGUACUGAUGGAAUAAACCCUCACGGAAACCUAAGUAAUUUGAAAAAAUUGUGGGAUGAAGGUGUGAUAGUGUUUGAUGCAUACCGGAAAGAGAAUUUUAAGUUGCAAGCUAUGCUUUUCUGCACAAUCAAUGACUUUCCAGCAUAUGGAAACCUGUCUGGGUAUAGUGUCAAAGGACAUAAGACAUUAGAUGUGAGGCAUAGUAUUGAUGUGAUGCAUGGGAAGACAUUAGAUGUGAGGCAUAGUAUUGAUGUGAUGCAUGUGGAGAAAAAUGUACCACAAUGGUAUUCAUCAAAUAUCAGAACACUUGUGAAUAUGCAAGAUUUAAAAUUGGUGGGAUUGAAAUCUUAUGAUUGUUAUGCCUUAAUGCAACAACUAUUGCCAGUGGCUGUUAGAGGUAUAUUGCCUAAAAAGUUGAGAUAUACUAUUAUACGGCUUUGUUUCUUUUUCAAUGCUAUCUGUGGAAAAGUUAUUGAUCCAGACAAAUUAGAUGAAUUGGAAAAUGGUAUUACUGUUACAUUGUGUCAGCUAGAGAUGUACUUUCCACCUUCAUUUUUUGAUAUCAUGGUUCAUUUGGUUGUACAUUUGGUGAGAGAGAUAAGACAGUGCGACCCUGCCUAUUUGAGGUUGAUGUGCCCAUUUGAACGAUACAUGAAAGUGUUAAAAGGUUAUGUGAGGAACCGAUAUAGACCAGAAGCAUCUAUUGUUGAAAGCUAUAUUGCUGAGGAGGUUACUGAAUUUUAUACUGAAUACUUGGCGGGGGUAGAAGCUAUUGGUGUUUCUAAGUAUCGACAUGAAGGAAGAAUUGCUGGGAAAGGUACUCGAGGAACUAAUGUGCAAGAUAUGCCUCGUAAAGAUGUUGAGCAAGCACAUUUGUACAUCUUGCACAAUACAAGUGAAGUUGAGCCAUAUUUAGAUGAACAUAAGGCCUUGAUUAAAGAGCAAAAUCCAAGAAGGACAUACAUGUGGAUUGUGAGCGAACAUAAUCGUAAUUUUAUUAGUUGGUUCAAAAGUAAAGUUCUUAAAGAUAAAAAUGUUUCUGAAACUGUACGAUGGUUAGCUCAUGGGCCUGGUAUGCAAGUCAUAUGUUAUACUAGAUAUGAUAUUAAUGGGUUUUCUUUUUAUACAAAAGAACAAGAUGAUAUGAGCAUUAUGCAAAAUAGUAGAGUUUCUUUAGUUGCAAAUUCAAUGCAUUUCAAUAGUUCGAAAGAUAAAAAUCCUGUGAUUGUAGAGUUGUCAUAUUAUGGUGUGAUUGAAGAGAUAUGGGAGGUUGAUUAUGUUCAGUUUAGGGUGCCGAUGUUCCGAUGUAAAUGGGUAGAUAGUAAACACGGUGUGAAAGCUAAUGAGUUAGGAUUUACACUUGUAGAUCUGAACAGAGAAGGUCAUAAAAAUGAGCAAUUCAUUAUGGCAUCCCAAGCAAAACAAGUAUUUUAUGUUACUGAUUCUUGUGAUAAAAAAUGGUCAAUUGUCCUUCAUGGAAAGAAACAAAUUACUGGUGAUUUGAAUGAAGAUGUUAGUUUUGAUAUUGAGGAAAUCCCACCAUUUUCUUUAAGUUUAUUGCCAGUCAUGGUGGAUAAUGAGAUAGAUGAAGUGCAUGCAUCACGGGAUGAUCAUCAUGAAGGGAUAUGGGAGCAUUGA